AUGGAUCCACUCAGUAUCGUUACCGCUGCGGCAUCUUUAGCUGGUGCUGUACUAAAGGCAUCUUUCAAAAUCAAAGAAACCAUCGACGCCUACGAAGAUGCACCGCAGAGUAUUGCCGACAUAGCCGAUGAGGUUCACGCUGUUCAGAUAGCCCUCCGACAGGUUGAGAGUGUCGUGAGCCAAGAUCCGGAUGCCAUUGAGCGGCUGGGAUUGGAAGACGUCUUCGCAAUCGCUGUCAACGGCUGCCAUGCGACGCUUUUAUCGAUCAGCAAGGAGUAUGAAAAUCUUUUCCUCCGCAGCGACUGGAAAGCGAAGAUACAGGCUUUAUGGAAAGAAGGAGAGAUGGCUCGGCUCCUUGGUCGAUUGGAUCGAAAGAAAGCAACGUUGACGCUUCUGACCCAGACGCUGAAUCUGCGGUCUACCCAGGACAUCAAGGCCCUGUUGAUACAAAAUCAAUCAACCCUCAAUGCAGCGAAACAAGACGUCAAGGAGCCGGCUGCAUACUAUCCAGACCUCCGGCCAAUGAGCCCAAACUCCUUGGACGAAGGCAGUGGGGUUGGGACUCCCAGAAACAGAGAUUCAGUCCUCAGCAUCACGGAAUUCGACUUUGACCAUGAUUUAAUUAACACGAAGACCUAUCGACGUGCUUUACAAAGAUAUGCGGUUGCAAACAAGCGGGAAGAUUCGAUAUCUGAGCAAGAGACGGAGGGUACGCCUGCUUGCAAAGAAAACGACAACAGGCCAUUGGAUGAAGAAGACGACACUGGAGAUCUUAUCGAGUUCCCGACAAGCCCGUCGACAUUGCGGCCUUCUUCAUCUCAGGCAACAACCAUGUGUCCCGAUUUGGAGGGCAUUGAGUUUGAUGUUCCGCCUGCCGCGCCUCCUAAAGAAACCAAAGCACCACCCCUGAAACGUUUUGUACUUGGCCGCUCACAAACUGACGUGGCCCCAAACAUGUCAAAUAUUAUGCCCGAGGAUGCGAACACAAGGAAACGGUUUCCGCCAACUAAGAAAGAAAAGGGCUUGCCACAACACCUCAUGGCAGGGCUGGUGGCAGAGAAGUACCAUCGACGAAAGAAAUAUGGAAAGCCGGCCUUUCUCGAGACAUGUUCGUCAUUGCAAAGGCCCGAUAUAUCGUCCAUCACCAAACACAUUGCAGAUUCUGCCUCAAGCUCACCUCCGCUUGAAGACGCAACGCCGAGCAUGUGCAAUACGGGCCUGCCAGAUAAGAAACUACGGAAGCUCGAACAUCGACGGAAGUGUGACCGCCCUGCCCAUAUCAGACGACGUCAUGGAAAAGAACUAUUGCAAGCACGAAGUUCCGAGGAAUCAACCACGACCUUGAGCUCUUUAGAUUCGGUCACGGAGGCUUUGCAACGUCUUGGGCUUCAGCCGCCGCCGCCGCUUCCACUGAGGCCUUCUGGUAGAGAAGGGAGGCGCCGCAAGCAGGCAGCCUAG